GCACAUCCCUCUCUGAUCAUGGAUUAUAAGUUUGCAGUUUUGGCGCUGGUGCUGGGAGUGGCUGUGGCCGCCCCUCAGUACGGGUAUGAGCCUCCAGCAACGCCGUCCUCCCUCUACGAGACCCCGGCGGAGAGCGUGCAGCAGCCCGUCCAGCUGUACGAGGCGCCCUCCGAGAACCUCCUGGUCGCUGAACCCCAGAACCUUGUGCCAAAUAUUGUCUCCCCACCUCAGCCCAUGGAAGGAAUGCCCUACGACUUCGAGUGGGGCGUCGAGGAUGGAGAGAGCGGCAACGCCUUCAGCCACGUGGAGAACAGCGACGGCCAGACCAUGCAGGGCGAAUACCGGGUUCUCCUUCCCGACGGCCGCACUCAGGUGGUAAAAUUCUUCGACAACGGAGAGGGUUUCAACGCUGAUGUUACUUAUGAAAAGUAAACUUUGUUGCGGGAUGUGAACCAGCGCCUCCCGCGGUUCUCAUAUUUACCACUGAAUGUAUUAUUCUACUACUCGUGUAAAGACUUUUCCUUGUGUGUAACUAUUCUUAUUUAUGUGAUGAUUUCAAAUCAACAAUAAAUCUUUUAU